UUUUUAAAUGCACAAAACACAUCAACCAGAAACAGGCGAUCGCAGGUGACUUGGUCGACGUACAAAAAUUGUCUGCAUUUUCUUCGACAAAUUUUGUAUUAUUUGGCUGAAAAUAAGCAAGAUGGCUUCAAGACAUAAGGAAGAUCUUAGGGUGAAGGAAGUUCCUGAUGUUGUUACUGAUCCAUCGACGGGAAAAACAUACACGAAAGGAAGAUUUUUGGGCAAGGGUGGUUUUGCAAAGUGUUAUGAGCUGACUGACGAUGCCACCAAACAGAUCUUUGCCGGAAAGGUCGUCUCCAAGGCCCUACUUGUCAAACCUCACCAAAAAGACAAGAUGACAAUGGAGAUUCACAUUCAUAAGAGCCUGCAUCACAGGCACGUCGUUGGCUUCCAUAGUUUCUUUGAAGACAAGGAAAACGUCUACGUCCUACUGGAGCUGUGCAGGAGAAGGUCACUAAUGGAGCUGCACAAGAGACGAAAGGCCAUCACUGAGCCCGAGACGCGCUACUUCAUGCGUCAGUGCAUCCUGGCCUGUCAGUAUCUCUCCAAGACCAAGGUCAUUCACCGUGACCUCAAGCUGGGUAACCUCUUCAUCGACGACAACAUGGAGCUCAAGGUCGGGGACUUUGGUCUCGCCACCAAGGUCGACUUCAGCGGAGAACGCAAGAAGACACUGUGUGGAACUCCUAACUACAUUGCCCCGGAAGUGCUUUCCAAGAAAGGUCACAGCUACGAGGUUGACCUUUGGUCACUAGGAUGCAUCAUGUACACCCUCUUGGUGGGGAAACCCCCUUUUGAAACUCAGAGUCUGAAAGACACCUACCAGCGAAUCAAGAGAAAUGAAUACAGAGUACCAUCCCAUGUCAGUACACCGGCUCGCAAUCUCAUUGUUAAAUUACUCAAGAACGACCCUACGCAGCGACCUCACAUCGACAUCCUCCUGCAAGACGAGUUCUUCACCACAGGGUACCUGCCCCCUCAGCUCCCCACCACCUGUCUCACCAUGGCUCCUAGGUUCCAAGUGCCUGUAUCGUCAGGCAGAAGACCACUCCUAGAGGUCAACGGCCAGGAUGAGAACGUGCCCCCAGGUCGUGAGCAGAGUGGAAAGCCACACAGGAAACACAGCGACCGCAAGGAGAAUGGCGGCGGCAAGCCAAAGGUCUACCAGCCUAAAGAAGACCACCUAGCCAGUCUCAAGGUCCAUCUCACCAGCGUGGUGGCUGCCAAGCCCAGCGAAAAGGCUGAUAUAAGAUUAGAUGAGGCGGAGGACCCAGCAGCCGCGCCAAUCCUGUGGGUUAGCAAAUGGGUGGACUACUCAGACAAGUACGGCCUGGGAUACCAGCUCUGUGACGGCAGCGUCGGUGUCCUCUUCAACGACUCAACAAGACUUCUCCUUCACGCAAAUGCAGACACGUUGGAGUACAUAGAGAGAGACGGGAAUGAAAAAUACUGCCGUCUAGGAUCUUACGACUCGACGCUCCACAAGAAAGUCACUCUCCUCAAAUACUUCAGGAACUACAUGAGUGAACACCUACUCAAGGCCGGUGCUGCCAUGACGCCCCGUGAAUCAGACAGCAUGGCCAGGCUACCGUUCCUACAGAGCUGGUUCAGGACCAAGAGUGCCAUUGUCCUUCAUCUCAGCAAUGGAACCGUCCAGAUCAACUUCUUUGAGGACCACACCAAGCUUAUAGUGUGUCCCAUGAUGGGUGCCGCCACCUACAUCGACGCCAAGAGGAACUUCCGCACCUUCCGACUGAACCUGAUCGAGAAGCACGGCUGCACCCCGGACCUCUACGACCGGAUCAAGUACGCCAACAACAUGGUCAAGAACAUGCUGGACAAGAAGACCACGACGACAACGGCUGCAGCGGUCCCAGCGCACUAGCCGCUAGCCCUUCAGACACGGUGGUCGAGAGGUCAACGGGGCUUGGUAGAUCAGUGGUGUAGCGGCAGGCAAAUUGAUGGGGGUGCUGUAGGAUCACAGUCAGUCUCUCUUUCAUAGUUUUCAAGAGUUUAUUGGCCUCUGUAAAUCACUCCUGGAGAGUGUUUCACAAAGACUAAGAUCGACUCUAAAGGUCACAAUUGAGAGAGCAACCAGUGGCAUGAACGACCUACCAUAUUUAAGCCACACUAAUAGUCGAUCUUAGUCUUUGUGAAACACUCCCCUGUAGCGGUAUCCUAUUUUUAGUAAAACACAAGCCAUAGAAGGCCAAUUUUAAAGUCACACUCUACUUGGAGCACUACCGCAAAAUCCCCUUCAGACCCCUCUAGCACCAUCUAAGGUCAGCUGUAGCAGUAUGGUCCUGUAACUCGAUGCGCUGCGGGCUCUUGCAUCAAGUCCUCUGUCUGUGAAGUGGAAAUUGAACAUAGGUCAACGCACUGUUGGCAAGUUGACCGUUGGAUGGCGCUGUGCAAUGAACAGUACGCUAGGGCAGAAAGUUCAUCGGGUCAGUAUCGUUUGACCUCUUGCUGACCACUGAUAGUUACCAAGAGUUUGUUCGACGUGUCUGUGUGUUUGAUAUCUUUUGUACCAUAUAAAUAAAAGUGUCCAUUAUGUAUAGUGUAUAUAUCUUAUAUUAUUCCUUGCAUCUCUGUUGUACCAUGUAUUGUUUU